AUGUGGUUCAUCUAUUUCGUCAAUGGAUUAAAUAACAACUUCACUACAAAUCUCAGCCCUUACAUCACGAGUGGUUUUGAAGGCCACUCGCUACUAUCUGUGAUAAGUGUCGUCACAAGUGUCAUGGGCGCUUCGUGCUUACUGCCCAUCGCUAAAGUGCUUAACCUCUGGGACCGCACUUUGGGAAUGUGUAUUAUGAUUCUGAUCGCCAUGAUGGGUCUGAUCAUGAUGGCUUCCUGCAAUAAUAUUGCGACGUAUUGCGCCGCUCAAUCAUUCUAUACUGUUGGCCUCACUGGUGUUAUUUUUUGCGUCGAUGUUAUGACUUCCGAUACCUCCACCCUUCGAAAUCGAGGAAUUGCAUACGGUUUUACAUCGUCCCCUUAUAUCAUAACGGCAUUCUCUGGACCAUCCCUAUCCAACCAGUUUCAUGAGAGCAACUGGCGAUGGGCGUAUGGAACCGUCUGUAUUAUUCUCCCGAUCGCAGCAAUGCCCUUGAUCGUCACUUGGCAACUCGCCAAAAGGAAAUCUGAUAAGGAGGGAAGACUACAAUAUAAGCCCCGAAGCACUCGUACCUGGUACGAAAGUGUCUGGUUCUAUGUUGUUGAAUUCGAUGUCGUCGGAAUCUUCCUUAUGAUUGGAGGUUUGAUCCUCUUCCUCACUGCCUUCAACAUCGCCGGAAAUACCGAGGGUCAAUGGAAGUCGCCUAAGAUUAUUGCUAUGAUCGUUGUCGGCUUUUGCACGCUGCUUUCGUUUGUGGCCUAUGAGCGUUGGGGUGCUCCGAAGCCCUUCAUCCCAUACCAUCUCAUCCAGGAUCGGACAAUCAUCGGCGCGGGUCUUCUGGAUAUCACGUAUCAGAUCUCCUACUACUGUUGGGCUACCUACUACACGUCGUUUUUGCAAGUUGUCUACGGAUCAAGUGUCACACAAGCUGGUUAUAUCAGCGCCAUCUUCGACCUAAUGGAUCCAGUCUGGCUCAUCGGGUGUGGUUAUCUUAUGCGAGUGACUGGUCGGUACAAGUGGAUUCUGUGCUGUGCAGUCCCACUCUACCUUCUGGCUAGCGGUUUGAUGAUCUAUUUCCGCCGACCUGGAUUCAGCGUUGGUUACAUGUGCAUGUGUCAAAUAUUCCUCGCCGUGGGUGGCGGAACCAUGAUUCUCAUUGAACAAGUGUCUGUCUUGACCGUCUCUAAGCACGAGGAUUAUGCAGCCAUGCUAGCUUUGCUUAGCACCUUCGGUAACAUCGGCGGAGCUGUUGGUAGCAGUGUUUCUGGAGCCGUCUGGACUAACACGCUCCCCAAAAAAUUGCAGCAGCUCUUGCCAGCUGAGACGCAAGACCAAUGGGAGAGCAUUUAUGAAGAUUUGAGUAUUCAGUUGAGUUACCCUAUUGGAUCGGCAACUCGCACUGCCAUUCAGAACGCAUAUGCUUCUACUCAACGCAACAUGAUGAUUGCCGGCACGGCCAUUAUGGGGCUUUCUAUUAUUUGGGUGUGGAUGAUGAGAAAUGUGAAGCUUCAGGACAACAAGACCCUCUCACAGGUCCUGUUCUAG